UAAAGCAGGUCGAUGAUCAUGUUCACUGACGAAGUUGUUGACUCGGUGAGCGUCCAGUCGCUGUGGAGGAAGAGCCGGCAGGCGGCGCAGGAGUCGAGGGGCUGUCAGACACGAGCGGUGCACAGUGCUGAGGGAGCAGUGCAGACUGUGUCCACUGCCAGCAUUUCUACUCAGACAGAGCAGCAGGACCAGGAGACAGAGCAGCUCCUGCUUCUCCUACAGAACCGUGAUGAGCCAGAUCCACCAGGCCUCAGAGACUUCCUUCAGCGGGUUGAGGGUUUGGUCAUCAGAGAGUUGGUGAAAAAUGCAAAGAGUCAUGCCUUUGAUGGGUUGCUGGUGAACUCAGAAGACUACAGUCAGCGGGUUUCCUGCCUGCAUUGUCUUCAACAUCCCAGUGCUCAAGAGAAAGGACUUCAUGUCACCAGCGUGUCCUGGAGUUGCACAGGUUCAGUUAUUGCCUGUGCCUAUGGUCGGAUUGAUGAUGGGGACUGGAGCACUGAGAGGUCAUGUGUUUGCACGUGGAACUUGGACCGUCGAGGCCUGUGCACCAAACAAGCUGACCUGGUCAUAGAUGUUCCUACUGCAGUCACAGCUCUGUGCUGUCACCCCCACCGGCCCGCCCUCAUCGCAGGGGGUCUGUACAGUGGAGAGGUGGUGGUCUGGGACACCAGUCGGACUCAGGACCCUGUGCUGGCUCAAACUGGGAUGUCUACAGACAGCCACCGAGAGCCUGUUUAUCAGGUUGCAUGGGUCCCCCUGCAGAAGAAAGGAGAGUUUGGGGUGCUGAGUGCCAGCCCAGGAGGAAGGGUGCUGCUGUGGACAGUGGACUCAGACCAGGGCAGAUUUGUCCUGAAUGCUGCUUACGCCUUAGUGCGACAGCAGGUUCCCCACAGCAGCAGCGCCAGCUUCAAGGUGAGACUGAGGAGAAAACUGAAACUUAACUCUUUUG